AUGAACGAACACGGCGAUUACUACAAUUCGUAUUUUCAUCACACCUGCGUCGUCAUCCCUGAGAAGGAUGUCCUGGAAACGGACAUUAUUGGAACCGGGUGUGUGGCCCGCUUCCAGCGCUGGUGGCAGGACCUGUUCCUCCUGUCUUACACCUCAGGGAAAUGUAGAGGUUUCUACGCCAGCUCCCACGCCAUCAGAGUAGAAAGAUUCAGACAAUUCCGCAAAUACAGGAGUCGUAUCCAUCCGAUGAGCAAAUUCAAAAACUUCUGGGACUUUCUGAUGUUGCAAGUGUUUAUCGUGAACAAGUUACUAUUCAGAUUCCUGUCCUCGUUUAUAUUCGACAGUAUGUCGAUAUACUCUUAUUACCUAGGAGCUUUCCUAGAAUUGAUUAUCAUCAUGGACCUAUACGUAAGCCUGAAGACUGGAUAUAUCAACCACGAAGCUAAGCGCGUAGUCUUGGACUCACACGACUCGUUACUUCACUUCUGCACUUAUAAGAUGUUCUUGCACGUCGCGUCUGCUACACCCCUGCACUGGUUCAUGUUUCUCAAAUACGGAACUAACAUCAAAUGUGGCUUGUGUAAAGCGAACAAAUUCAUUUGUGUCCUGAAGAUCAUUAGUGUAUUCAGUCUCUACCGGGUUUAUGAAACAUCCACUUUCUGGACAGAAAAACUUCAUACUGCGAGCAAAAUUCAAUAUAAAUACCUCUUCAAGUUCUUAAGGAUCGGAGUGAUUGGUAUGAUGACUAUGUGCCAAUAUUAUGAUAUAAGUGAUGUCGCCAUUUUGCUUGUAGCUUUCCAUACGGGCAGCGUAGAAGAAACCUCGUUGUUGGGGAUUAGAACCAACUUCAAGUAUGGAAACGUUACAAUGCAACUGUCUACGAACUACUUCUACGUUUGUUAUGAGAUUAAUAGAAUUUUCAAGUCGUUGCAGUUAUUUAGUUACGGUAUCAGAGAAAAAGUAUACUAUUUGGAUAAAAUAACUGCGUUGCUGGGGUACGCUCUCGCGACGUUCUUUUAUUUUUGGAGUUUUAAGGAAUGUUUCUCCUUGAUUAAUACACUAAUUCACCCUAAAGACUUACACAUGAAACUGCGGUGCAGAGCCCUGACGAUGUUGUCGACACGCCAAAUAUCUAAUGAACUAAGUUCCAGGUUACAAAAAUACUUCAAGUAUGGACCGACCAAACCGCACAUAAUCGAAAAGACAAAUAAGUUGUAUAUGAACAUGCCAAAUGUUCUGAAGAAUGAAAUUAAGUUACACUCGUAUAUGAAGUACAUGAUGAGAAUUCCUUAUUUCUGUCAAGUACCGCUGCCGCUGUUAGAGGAGAUAGUAUUACUGUUGAGAAAAGAAAUAUAUAUGAGUAACGCCAUCAUAACACAAGCAUUGGUUCCAGCUGAAGGGUUGAUGAUAGUGGAAAAUGGGGAGCUCGCGGUGUACUCAAAUGAUGAAAAAGAAGAGGGACAUCUGAUAGAUGGAGACUACUUCGCGGGACUGUCUCUGGUCACAGUCAACGAACGCUGUUUGUCUUUCGUGGUCUCCAUCAGAGCUUGUUCAAUACUGCUGCUCGAGAAAAAGAGAUUUCGCGAGCUGAUGAAGAAGCAUGUGAAGUAUUUUUGGCAAAUAAAAACGCAGAUUGUGGAGCAUUAUAAGAUAAUACAAGAAAAUCUCAACAAAACCGAUCGAUAUCAGAGAUCUGCCCUCGGUCAGCAGCCUCUUGUCGAAUAUGAACUUCCAUAUUCAGGAUAG